CAGCACUGGAGUCCUUUUAUACGGGUACCCUUCGCGCACAGUUUGCAGGCUUCUUCGUUCUGGUUAAUAAAAAAUGAAUCCACAAGCCCACUUUCCCUAGCAAUGCAUUCAUCCAACCGCACAGAGUCGCUUUAUUUCUGCUCAGCACCUAAACCCUGGCCCGCCCGGUUGCUAUAGAUCUGCAGUUUGUUUACUUCCGGUCAGAUUCUAGUCCGAUAGGCAAGUUCCGGCAGCUCCCUGCGGCUGUGUAUAUUGCUAACCAAUCUGUAUCUAGUAACAGAAGAACCGGAGUGAUGGCGGCAGAGGAGGGGGAAGAUCAAGUACCCGAUUCGGGUGCAUUAUUUACUUUUGGAAAAAGUAAGUUUGCAGAAAACAUUCCAAGCAAGUUCUGGUUAAAAAAUGAUAAGCCAGCUCGCAUAUCAUGUGGUGAUGAACACACUGUGUUGGUAACAGGGAAUGGAAAACUUUAUGUCUUUGGAAGUAACAACUGGGGGCAGCUGGGUGUAGAAGCUGGAAGUGCCAUCAGCAAACCAACCUGUGUAAAAGCACUAAAAUCAGAAAAGGUUGUACUUGCUGCAUGUGGAAGACAUCAUACAUUGGUCUACACAGAACAAGGAAAGCUGUAUUCCUCAGGUGGCAAUAGUGAGGGACAGCUGGGCCUAGGGGACACAGCAGGAAGGACAAGCUUUCAAGAAAUUUCUUUUUUUACUGCUCAAUAUAAAAUUAAACAACUCUCGGCUGGAUCAAAUAUGUCAGCUGCUCUUACUGUGGAUGGGAAACUUUUUAUGUGGGGAGACAACUCAGAAGGUCAGCUUGGCUUGGAGAAAGGAACGAUCUACUGUACUCCUCAAAAAGUGGAUACUGGAAAACCCAUUGCUUGGAUUUCCUGUGGCUAUUACCAUUCAGCCUUUGUGACACAAGAUGGGGAAUUAUAUACUUUUGGAGAACCUGAAAAUGGAAAACUUGGUCUUCCCCCUGAUAAGAUAAAAAAACAUAAAAAACCUCAACGUGUUUUAGGACUGUCUGGAAAAGUGACAAUGGUCUCCUGUGGUGGGGAGCACACUAUAGCGGUAACAGAAAAAGAAGUAUACACCUUUGGCCUUGGGCAGUUUGGGCAACUUGGGCAUGGCACAUUUAUUUUUGAGACCCACAUACCAAAAGCAGUAGAUGCAUUGACAAAAAAGAAAAUCCGAUAUGUUACUUGUGGAGAAAAUCACACAGCCAUAAUUACAGAAAAGGGACUUCUCUAUACAUUUGGAGAUGGGCGACAUGGCAAACUUGGAUUGGGGGAGGAGAAUUUUACCAAUCAGUUUGUACCUAUCCUGUGUUCAAAUUUCCUGAAGUUUACAGUGCAGUCGGUGGCCUGUGGUGGAUGCCAUAUGCUGGUCUUUGCAACUCCAAGGCCUCAGGAAUCAGAGGUGAUCAUUAAUGAUGAGCUAAAGGAAAAUCUUUUGGUAGUCCCUUCUUUGAAUGGUGAUAGCGAAAUGUCUACAUCAUUACAGAGAUCUCAUUCUGCACGCCUUCGAAGAAGAGAGAAGGAGACAUCACCUGAACAAUUUCGUGGCUUAAAUAGAACGUUACCACCUUUGAGAAAUCAUUCCCUUAACUCUUCCUUCCUUGCUUCAAGCAAAACAGUUCCUACACGGUUACUUCAAGUGAGUGAAUCCAAUUCCGGGUCAUACAAAGAAACCCACUUACAAGAUCUAACACCAAACUCUAAACCUGAUGCUGCAGACAAUGGGGAAAACCUUGUUCAAAGUUUUUCUGCACAUGAUACUGAUAGCGACAAUCAACCUGAAGGAUAUGGCAAUACUCCUGAUGUCUUAAACAUGACACAUGCAAUGAGCCUUAACCCUGCUAACAAAACCUUAAGCUUUUCUCCAGUACAAAAAAGAAAAAAGAACACUAAAAAUGUGAAACUGAAAUAUGAUGGUAAGGUGGACACAGUACAAAUGAACAAAAGCAGGUCACAGCAGCUUUCCUUAAUGUCAUCUAAAUCCCAGAGUUCUGAUGGGGGUGAUUCCAGUGCUGGCCAGAACUCUCAGUACUCAAGUGCAGAUGUAACUGAAGAGCUACCAAUAGCUUUGAAAAUAAUAAAAGAAAAAUUUCACAAGGCUAGAGAAACCAGUAAAUUAAAGUUUUUCUCCAGCCAGGAACAAAUGCAAACUGAUGUUCCCAGCAGUGAGCAUCAGCUUAUGGCCUCUAACCUUUCAGAUAAAAGAUACGAAAGGCAAUCUGAUAGCACAAUAACUGAACGUCAGAAACAACAUUCUAAACAUCCUAAUAUGAUAUGUGUUAAAAAUCUGGAGGGUAAAAAUGGUCAAAAAACCUUAAAAUUUAGUGCUAAGGGUAGUUUUGUAAGCAAGGCUGAAAUUAGUUCAUCCUCCUCAAGUUUAGUAUCAUCAGCUGACAUGUCAGAUAGUAGAAUUAAAAGAAGUCAUAAAAAGCAACAUGCAAAUCUGCAUUCCAUUCAAGGAGAUGAAAUAAAUAGAUUAGGGAGUUCCAAACAGAAAUUAAAAGAAAAUAAUAAAGAAAUGCAAAAGCUUUGUGAUGAAAGUGAUAGUCAGAUCAAUAUGGCAGAGCUAGACACAGAAGUGGAACAAGAAGGAGAAGAUGAACAAAAAAGCAAGAAAGGAGGGACUUGGGAUGAAGAUGAGGAUGCAGAAGAGGAAGGCGAGGGUAAUACAAAUGAAAGGGUGGUAGAAGUGGAAGGACAUAAGGAAGAGGAGGGAACAGAAAAUGAGGAGGAGGGGGAGGAUGUAGGUGGUACAGAGGUGGAGGAAAAAGAUAGUGAGGAAGAGGAUGAAGAGGGGGAGGAAAGAAUGUAUGGUGAAGAAGAAGGAAAAGAUGAAGAGGGGGCAUUGAAGGAGGGAGAGGACGAAGAAGAGGAGGAGGGAGAAGACAAGGGAGAGAACGAAGAAGAGGAGGAGGGAGAGGACAAAGAAGAAGAAGAAGAGGAGGGAGAGGACAAAGACCAGGGAGAGGAUGAAGAAGAGGGGGGAGAGAAUGAGGAAGAGGAAGGGAAGGAGGAAGAACAGGAGGAGGAUGGAGAGGAUGAAGAAGAGGAGGAUGGAGAGGACGAAGAAGAGAAGGAGGGAGAGGAUGAAGAAGAGGAGGAGGGAGAGGACGAAGAAGAGGAGGAGGGAGAGGAUGAAGAAGAAGAGGAGGGAGAGGAUGAAGAAGAGCAGGAGGGAGAGGGGGAGGAUGAAGAGGAGAAGGAGGGAGAAGAUGAAGAAGAGGAGGAGGGAGAAGAUGAAGAAGAGGAGGAGGGAGAAGAUGAAGAAGAGGAGGAGGGAGAGGAUGAAGAAGAGGAGGAGGGAGAGGAUGAAGAAGAGGAGGAGGAGGAGGAGGGAGAGGACGAAGAGGAGGAGGAGGGAGAGGAUGAAGAGGAGGGAGAAGAUGAAGAAGAAGAGGAGGAGGAGGGAGAAGAUGAUGAAGAGGAGGAGGAGGGAGAAGAUGAUGAAGAGGAGGAGGAGGAAGAAGAGGAGGAGGCAGAAGAUGAAGAAGAGGAGGAGGAGGAGGGAGAAGAUGAGGAGGAGGAGGAGGGAGAAGAUGAGGAGGAGGAGGAGGAGGGAGAAGAUGAGGAGGAGGAGGAGGGAGAAGAUGAGGAGGAGGAGGAGGGAGAAGAUGAGGAGGAGGAGGGAGAGGAUGAUGAAGAAGAGGAGGAUGAGGAUGAUGAAGAAGAGGAGGAUGAGGGAGAAAAUUUAGGAAAAAAGGAAAAGCAUGAAGAAGAGGUAGUUGGUAAGGGAAAAAAUAGAAAACAAGAAUCUAAAGAAAAGUCUAAACCAAAGAAACCAUCUCAGAAAAUGCCUAAACAGAAGAAAAAUGAUAGUAAUAUGAAGAACCAGAGGAUAAAGAAAAUUAAGAUGCCACAUUAUGAAGAUAUUGAAAAAUUUAAAAAAAUAGAGGAGCUAGAUAAUUCAGUUCAGUUCUGGGAUAGCAUUUUACCUCAUUACUUGAAUUUAAAGUAAGCCUUGAAAAGCCUGCAGCAGCCUGUCUUGAGUCUAAGGGGCAUUUAUCAAUCCCAGGAGCUGUCUAUGCUGAGAAUUUAUGUUUUAGAAAAAAAGUGGGCUUAUAUUUUGACUGCUACUUAGGAUAUCAGUGCUAAAAAAAAUUUGAUGGUAUAUACAACUUUAAUAGUAUUCUACAUGCAUUAAUUCAUGUUAUCAUAGUGUCUGUGCUAGCAUGUGUUAAUGUACAAUCUCAAAGUAUUAUGUAGAAGUAAAUGUGUAAAAAUUCUGAACAAGGUAGUUGUGCUUAGGAAACGCAUUCUUCCAUACUCUGUAUCCUGAUAAACGUAGCUCAGUAUGUGUAGCAUGUCCCUUUACCUUAACUGAAACUGACCUUCUG